AUCAUAACGUACACCACCUUAAUUGGUAUAGAAUUAUGAGACGAACUUGUUGUGGUUGAUGAUCGUGUAGAAGAGAGAGAGAGGAAGAUUUUGAGAAGAAAGAGAAGCUCGAGGACAAUUUCUUCUGGAGAAGGCAAAUAAAAACGACAUGUCGUCCUUCACAAGACAAAAGGCGAGCUCUCCAGCCGAAAUCCAAUACGCUCGGCGCUCUGCGGCUCUAGCUUCAGCGAGACAGAGGAGAUCUACGGCGACGACGACGAUGAGGCCGACGGCGAUGGAGUUCUUCAGCGACAUGGACGACCAGGGCUCCACCAUGGCCAUGGACGUCGACGACAUCGACGCCCUCGAGAUCUUCGGCGGCGACGGCGUCAUCGGAGAGAACAAGCUCGCCGACCUCGACUUCUUCAACUCCUUCCCGGACGACUUCGACGAGUCCGACAUGAUGAACUCGGCCAACUAGGCGGCGUCGCCACCAUGUAAUGCUCUAAUUUUGAUUUUGAUCUGAUUCUAGGGUUUCCGACUGUGAUUUGGGAAUUAGGGUUUUAUGCGGUAUUGAUAUGGUGGAUGGUUUGUGUUGGACAAGUGGUUAUAUAUAUAUAUAUAUAUAUAUAUAUAUGUGAAGUAUGGAUUUUAAGCUAUUGUGGUUUGAUUGUGCAAAUUUUAAUUUAUGGUUGUUUGGAGGUUUGUUUA